UGGUGCGUAGUAGCUACAUCGAGCAUUCAACAAGCGAAAUAGUUGUUUACAUAGCUUUAAUUCUCCCAAGCUUACACAAGUGUCUUGACUCUUCUUCCUGAUCAAAAAGUCCACAACAAGCCACAGAACCACAUAAUAACGAGGGUUUUUUUCAUUCAAAUUGCAGAAUAAUUGCAUUUAACUAGUUCGUUUUUAUAGUUAGUUGAAGAAUUUGUUCAAAAUGUCGCACCAAAAUUCAAACCAUAGCAAUUCCUCUGCAGUGGAUGACAAGCUUCUGAAAGCCCAAUCUAUUCCAGUUCAGGGAGACAAGAGCUUCCGUAGAAGCGCCAUAUCAGAAAACCUUGUCACUUUGUGCUAUGAAGACGUCACUACAGCCUAUGAAGGAUUUCUAAGGGGACUGAAAAUAUCUGAGAAUUUGCCUUGUCUUGGCAAAAGAGGCAAAAAAGUGGCAGCCUUUCAAUGGCAAACGUACACAGAGAUUCAUCAACGAGCCACGAACGUGGGCUCAGGUCUUGUUCAAUUGGGCUGCUCACCAUCACAGAAAACCUUUAUUGGAAUUUAUGCCUCAAAUUGUGUAGAGUGGGUUUUAACGGAUUUAGCUUGUCAGAUGUACUCGAUGGUACCAGUGCCAAUAUACGACACUCAUGGUCCAGAUGCUUGUGUUUACAUCAUAAACCAUGCGGAUGUAGAAACUAUCGUCUGCCACGAGACAAAAGUGGCCUUUUUGAUGGCGAACGCUGAGAGAAGUCCAAACCUUAAGAAUAUAGUCAAGAUUGGGAAUGAAGUUACAGACAAAGAGAGGAGAGAGGCGAAGAGUCAUGGACUAGAAAUUGUGACUUUUGCGCAACUUGAGCAAAUGGGGGUGAACAAUUAUCACGCGAGAAAGCCUGCUAAACCUGAAGAUAUCUUCACCAUAUGUUACACAAGUGGUACAACAGGUACGCCAAAGGGAGCAAUGAUAUCACACAAGAAUAUAACAGCAACGUUGGCUGGUGUCAAUGCUGUUUAUAGCCAGGGCAGGUUGGACGUACGCAAAGAUGAUUCCUAUCUUUCUUAUCUGCCCUUAGCACACAUUUAUGAAAGGAUGGCAAUGAUUUUUCUUUUCACGGGAGGCGCUAGGAUUGGAUUUUAUCGAGGUGAUCCCAAACUACUGAUUGAAGAUGUACAGGAACUAAAACCAACAAUCUUUGCAGCGGUUCCUCGAAUACUGAAUAGAGUGUAUGACAAGGUGAUGUCUCAAAUAUCUGAAAGCAAGUUCAAGAAAUGGUUGUUUGGAAGAGCACUCAACUCUAAAGAACAUGACCUAAAGAAGAAUGUUUCUCGAGGAAACACGUUGUGGGACUACGUCGUGUUUAAGAAAAUCCAGAAACUUUUUGGCGGGAACCUGCGUAUGGUCACGUGUGGCGCAGCGUCACUGUCGCCCAAGGUUAUGAUGUUCUUUAAGUGUUCUCUCGGGAAAUGCUUGGUCCUUGAAGGUUAUGGUCAAACAGAAUGCUCAGGCGUGUGUAGUCUUCAGAUUCCAUAUGAUCUGACAGCAGGUCACGUGGGAUCUCCCCUCCCCUGCAAUUUGGUCAAACUGAUGGAUGUACCGGAAAAGGGUUACUACGCCAAGGACGGCAAAGGAGAGGUUUGCAUCAAAGGUCCCAACGUAUUUAUUGGAUACUUGAAAGAUCCCGAGAAAACCGCUGAAACGAUCGAUCAGGAUGGCUGGCUCCACACCGGAGACGUCGGAGAGUUUCUCGAGAACGGUACUUUGCGCAUUAUCGAUCGAAGCAAGCACAUCUUCAAAUUAGCACAGGGGGAGUACGUCGCUCCAGAAAAGAUAGAAAAUACUUUGAUAAGGAGUCAGUAUGUAGAACAAGCCUUUGUUCAUGGCGAAGGGCUCAAGACGUACGUUGUCGCUAUCGUCGUGCCAGACGGGGAAGCUUUGAAACAACUGGCCAAAGAGAACCAAAUUGAAGGAGACAUAACACUCUUUUGUAAAAAUAAGGAAAUUCGAGAAAUUGUUUUUCAAGAUAUCAUGAAACGGUGCAAAGAAGCACAGCUCAAUUCCUUUGAAAAGGUCAAGGCGAUCCAUCUUCAUCCAGAACCCUUCAGCGUGGAAAACGGCUUACUUACUCCAACUCUUAAAGCCAAACGAGUCGUAAUCCUGAAACACUUUCGUGAACACAUCGACAAAUUGUACCAUGAAGCUGACACAAAGUUGAAGCUCAUUCGAUCGCAGAGUGAAGUCAACAUUAACUUGCAAAUCGACCAAGAGAAAUUGAAAUAAUCAGCGCAAUUUGUACCAUCGAGCGAGCAGCCUAAUUUGUGCGAAUGUGAGCGUGUGUGAGAUUUUAUUUUCUUUCUUAACUUUUUUUUAUAAAGUUUCACUUAUAUAUUUUUUAUUAUCACUGAGAUAUCGAUAUUUUUAUAUAACUGACUGAUAUUAACGUUAUUUAUAAUUGCAUAGCACAUCCAUUGGUAGUAUAAACAUAGGAGAGCUACAGGUUUGUCAACUGUCAGUUAAUACUUAUUAUUUAAGUUAUUACUUAAGUAAAGUUGAUCAGAAAAACUAAAAGUUGCAUAAAUCAUGAAACACAUUUAUCUAAAUUUUCAUGCAACACGGAAGUCGAAAUGAACUAAUAAUAUCUACAACUAAAUUUUUUAACCUAUUUUGGAAAAGAAAGGUUAGAUUUAGAUUAGAAACCUUUAAAAAAAUUUUUUUGGUGAUUAUAAUUAUUUGCAACAGAAAUCUGAUAAAUCUAAACUGAAGGAAGCAUCAGUAAUUCACAAAAACUAAGACAUACCAAAGCUGCCAUUGAGACGAGGGCAAAGAAUAUUUUAUCACAAAACCAAACACUUAUUUAAUGCAUUAAGUUAGUCAUCACUUUGAUUAAUACUGCAACCGCAAUCACAUAAAUAAGAAUAUAAACUACACUGCAGCGUGGUUCAAAAUCAUCGCAAACCACAACAUGUGCUUUUAUUCAGUAUCAUUUGACUUGGUGUGGACUGUGUUGAUCUAUAUAUAGCACUGGAAAUGUCUGCAAAUUUAACUUCAAGAUCCAAAGAUGAACUAUUUAAACCCAAAAAUUAUCACUAAAACUACUAAAGAACUCGGACUUCUUUGGUAAGAUAUAUAUAAUAUGUAACUCUUUUUUUUUUUUUUUUUUUUUUUCACUUUAUACCGUAAUAUUUGACUUGUGGGGACUAUUUCGGUCUCCACCCCAGUCCAAAGAUAUAUUGUUUAAAUAAAAAAAACCUUUACUAAAACUGCAGAUAUCAGAA